ACGCGAACAGAACGAUCGGUGGAGAGAAAAAAAAGAAGGCAAAUGGCCAGUUGUGCGCCGGUGAUCGUGUGGAACGGUGCUCAGUUUACGGCGAGCAGCAGGGAACUGGAGCAGCUGCGUCGGGACUACGGUCUGGAUGCCCGGAUGUUGGAGGCGACACUAGUGCCGCGAUACAAGCGCCACAAGCCGCAGGCGUCCGCUCGCAACGAGCACGUUCGCGUGACCACCAAGGAGGAGGCCAAGCAGCAGUCGGACUGGAUACUCAGGCAGGAUCGCAGCGCGAACGUCAGCCAGGUGAACUUCCAUCCGUGGGCCGGGGCCCACUUCGACUUGGUGCCCUGGCGUCGCACCCGAUCGGCCCUGGACCUGUCAUCCGUGGCGGACUAUAAUCACGGCCUGGUGGAUCCCAAGUCGCUCAAGGGAUUGGAGAAGCUGGAGCUGAGGCAGCAGCGCCGACGAUUGCAGCGGGCGAGGUCCACGCAUCAGGGAUUGCGGCGAUUGGUCCGCGUGCGUCUGAUCUUCUCCAUCGAGCUGCGGCACAAGCGGAUGGAGGUGCUGCGGAAGAGCGCCCUGCCCGUUCGGGUGUUCGAGCAGCGGUUCGCCCUCUCGGAGAACGAGAGUGCCGCCUACGAGCGGAUCCUCCUGGACGCCAAUGCCGGGGUGGAGCAGCACGUCGGCUACUUCAGCAGGCGGCCGGUGGCGCAGGAUGCGAACGAGGAACAGCUGGUGGUGGACUUUGCCAGCGAAACGGAGGCGGACGACAAGCCGGAGGAGAAGGAUCAGGAUGGAGAUCGGGAGGAAGCUCAGUAUGCCACCAUAUCGCCACCGGCGAAGGCAGGAAGUGACCAGGGGGCGACCAAGGAAUCCGGACAGGUGCCAUGCGUCAAGUGCCGCGACAUUGCCAUCAAAUUGAGAACGAUAAACGAUUAUGCGCUCAACUCGAAUCUGCACCUAAGCCACAGUAGCAAACUGAACAAUCUGCACAGCAACAAGCUGAUCCACAGCAACCAAAACCAGAGCAGCAACCUGAACCCGAGCAGAAUGCACGCCCACCAGCUGGACUCCUAUUUGGGCGGAGUGGGCGGCAUGAUGAACCUGGGGAACCUCGGAAACAUGGCACAAAUGGGCCAGAUGCACCAUCCGGGGAGCGUUUCCGGUAGCGAAAGACCCAACGGAGGAGCUCUGGCCCUUCACUAUGCCGCCGCACGUGGCUGCCUCGACUGUGUCCAACUGCUGGUCGCCGCAUCCGUGGAUAUUUGCGCCAAUACGCAAAUGGACAACGAUGUCACGCCCGUUUAUUUGGCGGCGCAGGAGGGCCACUUGGAGGUGCUCAAGUUUCUGGUGCUCGAGGCCGGCGGCUCUUUGUACGUCCGUGCACGCGACGGCAUGGCACCGAUCCAUGCCGCUUCACAAAUGGGCUGCUUGGAUUGCCUCAAAUGGAUGGUUCAAGAUCAAGGGGUGGACCCCAAUUUGCGGGAUGGGGAUGGAGCCACGCCCCUGCACUUCGCCGCCUCGCGAGGUCACCUGUCCGUGGUUCGAUGGCUGCUCAACCAUGGAGCCAAGUUAUCCCUGGACAAGUACGGCAAAUCGCCCAUCAACGAUGCAGCAGAAAACCAGCAAGUUGAGUGCCUGAAUGUCCUGGUUCAGCACGGCACUUCGGUGGACUACAACGGCAAGAGUAGUUCGCAGCGGCACAAAUCGCAGCAGCAGCUGCACCACCAGCAGCAGCAGCAACAGCAGCAGCAGCAACAACAACAGCAACAGCAGCAGCAGCAGCAGCAACAUUUAAGUAGCAGCUGCAACUCGAACUCGAAUUCCUCGAAGCAGACGAGUCGCAGCAACACGAUCAAGUCCAAGUCCUCCUCGACUUUGAGCUCGGAUGUGGAGCCAUUCUAUCUGCAUCCACCUGCUUUGGCAGUCGGUGCUGGAGGAUCCGGAUUGGGAUUGGGCAUGGGAAUGGGAAUGGGCAUGGGAAUGGGAAUGGGUAUGGGAAUGGGAAUGGGAAUCUCGCGGAAGAACAGCGAUGCCUUGUACUCGCAGCAAUCGAGGAGUUCCUCCGAGAAGCUCUACAAUGGUUCGUCCUCUUUGGGCGGCAAUCCGGGAGGCAACAGCUCUUCGGUUGGCAAUGGAGGAGGCGGAGGCGGAGGAGGAGGAGCGGGAGGAGGCGGUGGAGGUGGUGGUGCCCUGCUGCCCAACGAUGGAUUGUACGUGAAUCCGAUGAGGAAUGGCGGGAUGUACAACACUCCCUCGCCGAAUGGCAGCAUCUCCGGGGAGUCGUUCUUUCUGCACGAUCCGCAGGACAUCAUCUACAAUCGCGUGAGGGAUCUCUUCGUGGACUCCGAUUGCAGCAGCAGCGUGAAGCAGCACGGCAAGAGCCAUGGCCACCAAAUGAUGCAGUCGAAGGCGGGCAACGCGAUGACCAUUCAGGCGGACGUCCACUCGAGCUCCAGUGGAGCGGGCAGUGGCUCCGAUGAGUCCGUCUCCAUUUCGUCCAGCUUCAACUCGCCGAAGCAGCAGCAGCAGAUGCGCAGCCAGAGCUUCAAUCGCCACGGCAGCACGAGCAACAUCAGCAACAUUAGCAGCGCCGGCGGCAACAUGAAGAACAACAACAACUAUAAUAACAACAAACACAAGGGAAUGGGAAUGGGAUUGGCGAGCAAUCAGAAUGGUGGCGGGGAUCACGACUACGAGGAUAUCUACUUGGUGCGCGAGGAGUCGCGAAAGCAGCACCAACAACAGCAGCAACACCAAUUGCAACAGCAACAGCAGCAGCAACUUCAGAUGCAGCAACAGCAGCAGCAACAACAGCAACACCAACAGCAGCAGCAGCAGCACAAAUACAAUGUGGGACGCUCCCGCUCGAGGGACAGUGGCUCCCAUUCGCGUUCGGCCAGCGCAAGUUCCACCAGGAGCACAGAUAUUGUACUUCAGUACAGCAAUCACAACUUGAACAACAAGCGCAACUUGAAUAACAGCAGCAGCAACAUGAACAACAGCAGCAGCAACAUUGCACUCAACAACAAUAAUAAUAACAACAACAACAGCCUGCUGAAUCGCAACAAAUCGCAUUCGAUUAUUGGCUUGCACAGCAGCAAGUACGAGUCCUCGCUGAAGGACAACUACAGUGCGAAGAACGUGAACCUGAACCUGAAGAACCAACUGCUGAACGGCGGCAUCAAGAGCGACACCUACGAGAGCGUCUGUCCGCCGGAGGACGUCGCCGAGCGGACCAAGCAGUCGCACAAGAACUCCAUGAUCCGCAACAACCUGGCGGAUGUCUCGAGCAGCAACGGCAACGGCAACGUCAACAGUGGCAGCAACAGCAACAUUAGCAACAUUGGCAACAUUGGCAACAUGAACGGCGGCAACCAGAGCAGCAGGAAUCUCAAGAGGGUCUCCUCGGCGCCGCCAAUGCAAAAUUUGGCAGUUGUUAAUGGACCGCCGCCACCACCGUUGCCACCUCCAUUGAGGGCACCCGCUCAGCAGCAGCGCAACAAUUUGAGUGCCGAGCAGGCGAGCAACAUGAAUGCCAAUGGCAAUGGCAAUGGCAGCAAUGGCAUCUACAAGAAGAACGUCUUCGGACCGAAUCAGGGUCCAACUAGCGGGGGUGCAGCUCCUCCUCCCGUUCCGGCUCCCAAUCCCCAAGCUGCUGAAGCAGUGGACUCCGAUUCGGGGCUGGAGGUCGUCGAGGAGCCGAGCCUGCGGCCAUCGGAACUGGUGAGGGGCAACCACAACCGCACCAUGUCCACCAUUUCGGCGAACAAGAAAGCCAAGCUGCUCAAUGCCGGCAGCAGUGGCGGCAACGCCAAUGGAGUUGGCAACACCAAUCCGGAGGAGUCCCAAUCCCGUUCAGGAGUUGCCAAUGGCAGUGUCAACAACAGUGCCCAGUCGAAUGGCCAUUUCUAUGGCUACUCGGAGGGACCCAAGGGCCAGCAGUCGCGGAGCAAUGCGAAUGUGAACUCGAAUGGGAACUACCAGCAGCCACAUUAUCCCAACAGCCAGCCGCCGCAUCAGUACACUCCCAGCUUGUAUGGAGGAGGCUCCUCCGCGGAGGACCACUACGAACUCACCCAGCAGCAGCAGCAGAUCUACGGUGAAACCCAUUUGCAGCGGACCGGCGGACCCAAUCUGGUCAACAAGCAGCUCGUGCUGCCGUUUGUGCCGCCCAGUUUUCCCAACAAAUCCCAAGACGGCGUCACGCAUCUCAUCAAGCCGUCCGAGUAUCUCAAGAGCAUCAGCAUCGACAAGCGUUCGUGUCCAUCCUCCGCCCGCUCCACGGACACGGAGGACUACAUGCAGAUCCAGAUUGCCCAGCAGCAGGUCCACCACUCGCAGAUCCAUUCGCAGCAUCCGCAAUCACAUCCGCACCUCCAACACCCCCAUCCGCAUCCGCAUUCGCAUCCGCACUCGCACUCGCAUCCCCACCAGCUGCAUGGAAUGGGCGAGCAGCCGCCGCUGCCGCCGCCGCCGCCGCCGCUGCCCCACGGAAUGCUGCCGCCGCAGCCGCCGAUGGGUGGUCCGCCCUCUGGCCAGGAUGCCACCAUGACCGGCAAGUCGCACAAGCCGAAGAAGCCGCACGGCUCGGCGCCCAACUGCCAGGACACGGCCACCAGAAAGCAGCAUCAGCCCCUGUCGGCCAUCUCCAUACAGGAUUUGAAUAGCGUUCAGCUGCGGCGCACGGACACGCAGAAGGUGCCGAAGCCCUACCAGAUGCCCGCGCGCAGCCUGAGCAUGCAGUGCCUGACCUCCAGCACGGACACCUAUCUCAAGUCGGACCUGAUUGCCGAGCUGAAGAUCUCGAAGGACAUACCCGGCAUCAAGAAGAUGAAGGUGGAGCAGCAGAUGGCCAGCCGCAUGGACUCGGAGCACUACAUGGAGAUCACGAAGCAGUUCUCGGGCAACAAUUACGUUGACCAGAUACCGGAACGAGAUCAGGCGGGCAACGCCAUACCCGACUGGAAGCGACAGAUGAUGGCCAAGAAGGCGGCCGAGCGGGCCAAGAAGGACUUCGAGGAGCGGAUGGCCCAGGAGGCGGAGUCGCGUCGCCUCUCCCAGAUCCCUCAGUGGAAGCGCGAUCUGUUGGCCCGGCGCGAGGAGACGGAGAACAAGCUGAAGGCGGCCAUCUACACGCCCAAGGUGGAGGAGAACAACCGGGUGGCGGACACCUGGCGGCUCAAGAAUCGCGCCAUGUCCAUCGACAACAUCAACAUCAAUCUGGCCGGCAUGGAGCAGCACUACCAGCAGAUCCAGUUCCAUCAGCAGCAGCAACAUCAUCAGCAACAGCAACAGCAGCAACAUCAGCAGCAGCAGCAACAGCAACAGCAGCUCCAGUUGGGCAACAAGGAGAACCACGGCGAUCUGAAGGCUAAUGACCAGGAUCAGGAACAAGGCGGCGGCGCUGGCAACCAGGAGCUCAUCGAACCCUCGGAGGGCAGCCAGGGACACGUCGAGGAGGAGGAGGACAACAUCAUACCGUGGCGCGCCCAGUUGCGCAAGACCAACAGUAGACUUAGCCUGAUCUGAAUCUGAAUCUGAAUCUGCAUCCGCAUACCGAAAAUUCCAAACAGAAAUCCGUCCUAUAAACUCGACUCGUCUAAGUGGUGCAUUUUUUUUUUUUUUUUUUUUUUCGAUUAACUUAAAGCAUGUGCAAUUAUCAAAAGCCCUACAUAUAAACCAUAAUAACUAAGUCUAAGUUUUAGCUACUUACAUUGUACUAUAUCAUAACCUCUAUCAUUACACCUAAUUGUACUCAAAUGUUUUUUUUUUUUUUUAAUUCGGCAAAAAUAAUAUUGUUAUUCCUAGGGGACAGUAUCGCAAGGCGAACAACCAUAUAUAUCUAAUCUAAACUGCUGUCCUUGAGCUCUAUUUCGGUGUUGUAUUUUUUAUUAUUUUUACCCUCUAACUAUUAUUGUAUUUUUUUUGUGAAUCGGCUUGAAUUUAUUGAGUAAUGGAAUUAAUUUAAUUGUCUCGGUUAAGCAUUUUUUUAUUGUUAUUUGUUUUUAUAUACGCGGCUCAAACAAUAUUAUUAAUUAUA